GAUAAGAAAGAGUUGAUUACCAGGUUGAGAAACGAAUAUCAAGAAAGGGUAGGUGCCAAGUUCCCAGCUGACUUUAACGAAACAAAAGAUUGGGCAAUAAAAGUAGAAGGAUACAAUAAAGAUAAUGAAUAUGAGACGCAGAAGGCAACAAAAAUAUUGUUUGACGAAUCUAUAAAAUCUGCUAGUGAUGAGGUUGAUGAUUUAACUAUGGCAUUUGGAGCUUUAAAAAUUAAUUGUGUUAAUAAAAAGCAUGAGGAAGACAUACAAGAAGUGAAAAGUGUGAUAAAGGAGUUGACAAAGGUUGUAAAAGACCUUACCAACAAAACAGAUACUUCACGUCACAAUGAGCAGAAUGCUAGAUUAUGA